AUGUCUGAAGAAGAGGUAAAACGAUUACUCAAAUUGGUGGAGGAGUCAUUGAACGAAACUUCUAUAACCAUCAAACUAACAAAAAAAAGGAUAACUGAAAUCCCUAUCGAAGUUAUAAAUUAUGCAAUUAACUAUAAUGUUGACAGGUUGUCAAUCGAAAUCAAUCAAUUGUCAAAACUUCCAAAAGAAAUGUCUAAUUUCACACAUUUAAGAUAUCUUAACCUUUCUCAAAAUGCUUUUAUAGAAUUUCCAGAAGCACUUUGUUCAAUGCCAAGUUUAAAAAUUUUGGAUAUUAGUAAAAAUAAAAUUUGUAAAUUACCUCAAGAUUUUGGAAAAUUGAUGACAUUACAGUUACUGAAAAUUUCAAAAAAUCAAAUAAAAAGAUUACCAAAAUAUAUUGCCGAUAUGAAGGAUUUGCAAUAUUUAAAAAUUGAUUUCAAUCCAAUUAAAUUUCCACCAAAAAGUAUUCAUGUGAUUCCAAAAGGUGAAGAUAAAGAUGUCAUGUUACCUUGGUUAGAAAAUCUAAAGGAAUACCUUAGACAAAAUUCAGAUGAGUCGGAUGAGAUCAAAAAUAGCAGUAGUGAUGAAGAAGUGGAUUGUCAGUUUGAUUCACAAAAUAAUAAUAAACAAUUAAAAAAAGCAACUUCAGUUGAUACCAUUAAUUACCUAUCAUCUGUUAACACAAGACAAAUAGUUGAUAGUGGUGGUGGAUCCUCAUCAUCUUUAAAAACAAUCAAAGAAAGUGACCAGCCCAUCCCAAAACAAGAGAAAAGACGUCUUAAUCCAAAAUUAAGUUUGGAUUUGCCAUUUGCUCAUCGUAACCGAAGUCAUAGCAAUGAUUUUGAUGCAACAUUAGCAAUUUUUAGAAGUAAAUUCGUUCAUAAACAUUCAAAAAGUGCAUCUUCAGAUUCAAUAAGUUCAACACAAAGCCAAAGUGGCAUUGCUGAAGAGAAACAAAGUGAUUAUUAUUUCCAAAAACUUAGGGCACUUCUUCCAACAGAAAAUCUUCCAAUGAGUGACAUCUCACUAAGAGAAGCUAGUCGAAAUAUUUUGUAUGCAUUUUCACAAGUACAUAAAGCAAUUCGUCAGUUUGCAAUUGUUACUGGGAGUGAAAAAAUAUUUAUGAAUGAUCUUAACAAAGCAGCAAAACUGAUUGGACAGUUGAGUACAGCAUUACAAAUAUAUGAUGACUUUGCAUUACAGACACCUGAUGCAGAUCAUUGUAUUAAAUUGCUUACUACAUGUCAAGAGAAUAUAUCUAGUUUUAAGUUAUUAAUGGAACUUUUGAAUAAACAACUCAAAUCACUUACACAAUCUCCUGAAAAUAUGAGAUAUUCUCGUACACUUCUAUUGAUGCUUCAUGGAGCAGUUGCAGAUAUCAAAUUUGCAUGGGAAUUGAUAUUUCCAUUAUUAAAUGCUCAGACGCCUUACACCGGAAUGUCUACCCCUUUUAGAUCAAAAUCUAUGACAAGAUCAAAUAGUAGUAAUAUUGCUAAUGUUGCACCAUAUUCAGCAAGUGCAACUUCGUCAUAUUUUUCAUCAUCAUCUUACAGUUUAAAUACACCUACAAGUGCGGGAUCAGGGCCACAUUCAGCAGGACUGCAUAAUAACUUAAACACGGACUUUUUAUUUUCAAUAGCUAUAUUUAAUCAACUUCUUUCACAAGUGGAAGUUGCAAUUAAAGCUGUAGAAAAUGUUAUAAAAUGUUUAUCAGAUAAUGUGGAGGAUGUUUUAGAACCUACUAAUGAAGAUCAGAUGAAAUCCUCAUCAUCUAUUAAGGAUAAAAUGAAUGAAUUGGUUAAAGAUGCAAAUGAAGUCACCAUACUCUUAAAAAAAUCUUUAUUAUCAGCAAAAUCAUCCACCAAUAAUAAAGAUGAUCCAUCCAUACAACUUAAAGUUUAUGAUGAUACACUGGUUUUUCUUCAGACAACAAUUAAAUUAUGUGAAUUUGCAAAGGAAGUCUCUCACAAAUGGCAGUUGAACAGUAAAGUUAAAUCAGGGUUAAGUCAUGUGAUGAAAUCUUAUACUGAAUUAACAGGUUUAUUAAAUAAAAAUCAAGUAUUGUUGGAUAUUCAAAUAUGUAACGGGAAUGACGUUUGUUCCUUAUGGGAACCUGGGUAUUGGAGAAAUAGCGAUUUGCAAAGAGAACAUAUUUUUCAUAAUGUAAAAAGUGUAAACGUUCCUUUGGGUAUGAUUGUAGUUUUAAUAACUCACUCGGACAAACGAUUAAUAAUGCCAUAUGGUUUUUCUGAUUGUAAAGAACGAGAUAUUUGUUCAUUUGUGGCUCGUUUAGAUAUUUCAGCUAAUCUUAGACUUGCUUUAGAUCAAAUUUCUAAAUAUAUUGAAAAUAAUUCAACAAAUGAAAUAAUUCAUUUUCAUAAAGCAAAAUCACAUUUUCCAAAGAAUGUUAUCACACUAGUAUCACAAUUUUCGGCAAAUCGACUAACACGAUUCGAACAAGCAAUAUCGGUUUGGCCCGUACCAUGUGUUGCGAUACAUGAAAAUUAUUUUGGUAAAUUUCCAAAUACAAUAUCAGAAUUGAGAGAUUUAUAUAAUAAAGGUAUAGCUUACAUAACUGAUCCUUUUGCUGGCCACGGUCCAACUGGUACACAAAUUCUAUUAUCACACCAAUUAUACAAUUCAAACCCUUUCUAUGAAAUAUGUUAUGAAUCACAAUGGGAACCUUACUACAUUAUAUCAAAAUCAUCGCCAUACUAUGAUGAACGAUUUGAGAACCAAGGCGGUGACAAACAACAGCAUGCAUUAUCAUUGAACGCAUUAGGUUACAGAUUUUUGGUUUUGAAAGAUCAUUUUAUUUAUCAUAUGGAUCAUAGGAAAUUGGUUUGGGCUGAUGGUGGCCUAGAGAAAAAUCAGAAACUUCUAAAAGAUUUCACUUAUUUUGAUCAUUAUAUACCAGAGAUGCAACGUAUUUUUGGUAAUAAUGUUAGAUGGCCAAGAGGUUGUUCUCAUCCUUUUGUAAAAGAACAAUUUAGAGAUUUAAUGGGAAUUGGAUUAAAUUAA